AACGAACAAAAAUUCAAAAAAAAAAAGAAAAAUCAAGAAUCUAUCAGAAUAUUUUCUUGGAAUCCAAGCCAACGAGAGAAGAAACGAAAACAAACCAUGGCGUCAGGACAACGAGAGGCGGAGAGAGCCGCCAAGGCCGAGAGAGCUGAGGCUGCGACGAGGCUCGCGGCUGAUGACUUGAGAGACAUCAACAAAGAAGGCGGUGUGACGUAUAAGCUGACGGAAAAGACAACAACGACGACGGAGCAUCCUACAUCCAUGGAGGAGGAGACGACGGAGAGACCUGGCCUAAUAGGCUCCGUGAUGAAGGCGGUGCAAGGAACUAAAGAUGCGGUGAUCGGAAAGAGUCAUGAUGCGGCCGAGUCAACGAGAAACGGAGCUGAAGUUGCAUCGGAGAAGGCGGCGGGAGUGAAAGAUGCCACCGCAGAGAAAGCCGUAGAAGUGAAAGAUACUACUGCGGACAAGACAAAGGAAACCACGGAUUACACGGCGGAUAAAGCGAGAGAAGCUAAAGAUAAGACGGCGGAGAAAAUGGGUGAAUAUAAAGAUUACACGGCGGAGAAGGCGAAAGAAGCUAAGGAUACAACGGCAGAGAAAGCAAAGGAAAUGGCGGAUAAGGCGAAAGGAGCUAAAGAUACGACGGCAGAGAAAGCAAAGGAAACGGCAGAUUACACAGCGGAUAAAGCUAGGGAAGCAAAAGAUAAGACGGCGGAGAAAAUGGGAGAAUAUAAAGACUAUACGGCGGAGAAGGCGACAGAAGGGAAAGACGUAGGAGUGAGCAAGAUCGGUGAACUGAAGGAUAGUGCAGUGGACACGGCGAAGAGAGCUAUGGGUUUCUUGUCAGGCAAGACAGAAGAAACCAAGCAAAAAGCUGUAGAGACCAAAGACACUGCCAAGGAAAAAAUGGACGAGGCAGGAGAAGAAGCUAGGAGGAAAAUGGAAGAUAUGAGACUUGAAGGCAAAGAACUCAAAGACGACGCUGGCCAAACGGGCCACGAAAAGACCGAGUCUGCCGCCGGAAAAGCACGUGAGAUCAAAGAUUCCACCACCGAGAGAGGUGAAGAAGGGAAGGGGACGAUAAUGGGUGCGUUGGGGAACAUGACGGGAGCGAUAAAGAGUAAGCUGACUGGUACGACGCCGUCUGAUGAUGAGACUCGCGCGGCGGCGCGUGGAGAAGAAGAACAAGGCUUGGGGAAGACGACUGUGACCGUUGACGUGAAAGACACGAGGCCUGGACAAGUGGCGACGUCGCUGAAAACGUCUGAUCAAAUGACUGGUCAAACAUUUAACGACGUUGGAGUGAUGGAUGAAGAGGCAAGUAAGGGAAAAGUCACCGUGGAAGAGAAAGGCAAGCUGUAAUGUAAUAAAAACACUGCGUUUUUUUAGGCUUUUGGCUUUUGUAUAACGAAAGAUUAGAAGUUUCUUUUUCUUUUGUCAUAAGGCUUUUUCAAUCUUGAUUUGUAAUAAAAAAUAUAUAUAUAUAUAUAUAUAUAUCCUCUGUUUUGCGCUUUUAAGGUCUACAGUUGUUUUGUUUCUCAGAUGGUGAAAUCAGUAG